CUCAUCAACAUCGCCGCCAUCGUCCUCACUACCGUCCGCAGCAUUUUUGGCUCGAGGCCUCUUGGCCUGAUUUUCGUGCGAGCGUCUACUGGCCCCCCGCGCAGCCCUCGCCUUGAUCAGCGGCAAUGUCGCUGAACCUCAAGAAGCAGUCGCUCAGCUCCCUGGAUGUGAAGGGCAAGCGCGUGCUCAUGCGCGUGGACUUCAACGUGCCGCAGGACAAGAGCGGCGCCAUCACCAACACGCAGCGCAUCGUCGGCGCCAUGCCGUCCAUCAAGCUGGCACUGGACAACGGUGCGAAGUCCGUGGUCCUCAUGUCCCACCUUGGCCGCCCGGACGGCCGCGCGCAGCCGUCCAUGACCCUGAAGCCGGUGGCCGACAAGCUGGCGGAGCUGAUGGGGAAGCCCGUGACGUUCUUGCCGAACUGCGUCGGCGCAGAGGUGGAGGCCGCGUGCGCCGACCCGGCGGAGGGCUCCAUCAUCGUGCUGGAGAACCUGCGCUGGCACGUCGAGGAGGAGGGCAAGGGCGUCGACGAGAGCGGCGAGAAGACCAAGGCGUCCGAGGCGGAGACCGCGGCGUUCCAGGCGUCGCUCGGGAAGCUGGGCGACGUGUACGUCAACGACGCAUUCGGCACGGCGCACCGCGCGCACUCCUCCAUGGUGGGCAUGGCGGGCAAGAUGCCCUGCGUUGCCGGCCUCCUGGUCGAGAAGGAGCUCGACGCGUUCUCGCAGGUGCUGGACCCGGCGCUGGUGCAGCGGCCGCUCACGGCCAUCGUCGGGGGGGCCAAGAUCAAGGACAAGGUGCUGGUGAUCGAGAACCUCAUCGACCGCGCCGACAAGCUCAUCCUCUGCGGCGGGAUGGCGUACACGUUCCUCAAGGUCUGCUUCGGCAUGCAGAUCGGCAAGUCCCUCUUCGACAAGGUCGGCGCCGAGCUGGCCCCGAAGCUGCUCGAGAAGGCCAAGGCCAAGGGCGUCGAGAUCGUGCUGCCGUGCGACUGGGCCUGCGGCCAGGAGUUCAAGAACGACCAGGAGGUCAAGAUGGUGACCCAGGCAGAGGGCAUCCCCGACGGCUGGGAGGGCAUGGACUGCGGCCCCAAGUCCAUGGAGCUCUUCCGUCAGACCGUCAUGAGCUCGAAGACGGUCGUGUGGAACGGCCCCGCCGGCGUGUUCGAGUUCGACAACUUCUCCAAGGGCACCAAGUCCCUCCUCGAGGCCGUGGCCGAGCUGACAGCCGCGGGCGGCCGCGGCAUCAUCGGCGGCGGGGACUCGGCCACCGCUGCGGCCAAGUGGAACAUGGAGGACAAGGUGCACUUCGUCUCCACCGGCGGCGGCGCCUCGCUGGAGCUUCUGGAGGGCAAGGUGCUGCCGGGCAUCGCGGCCCUGGACGACGUGAAUUGAGCGCCGCGACUGGCAGCGCUGGCUGAGAAUUUCCCGAGGACGCCCGCUGCGGGCGGGCCUGGUGAGGGCACGGCCUGAGCGGGCAGUUUUGACCAUCGCCCGGGGCCGUGCUUGACCCGACGCCGUCUGGCGAGCCCCGCCCACAGGCCUCUCGCCUCUAUACGCCUGUUGAAGUCUCGACACUGCCGAAGUAAAGGCAACUUUGGCGAUCGGUUCUUAGCCCGACUCUUUCAGAUUACGUGUGUGUCUUCAAAGGGCGUCACGACAGCACCAUCACCUCUCAGUGCUGCACACUGCUCACUGCGUGGGUCUUUGUGGCGGCAACGACCGUCACAUUCAGGCGGAGCAGGAACCAUGGCCUGCUCGAAGUCUUCAUGGCAUCGUCGUCCUCACGAACUUCAGCA